ACGCCAACGGGACCACAAUCUGUUUACUGUGCAGAAUAUGAUUUGAUCUCUGGACAGAUAUAACCAGCAACAUAGUUAAUAACGUUAUGUUUUACGAAUUAUAUUUUCGAUGUCUAUCGCUUCGUUGCGAACCUCAAGAUGAGGCUAUUAUUUUACGAGGGACUCCAUAAAUGCAAACAAAACAUGACCGACCGUCCGACCAAGCUUACUAUCGUAAACCUUCAAUUGCAUCUGAACCUGGGUGUAUGGGUCGGAACGCUUCGAAGAGUAUGUGAAAAUAACCCUUCUAGCUGAUACAAUACUGAGAAAUCGGGCAAACUGUGGCACAAUGUGGAAGCAGGGAGGUAGCAGAAAUUCGGCGCUUGAUAGAGCAAUGGCUCAGCUCGCGGCUAAAAGAGUUGCAAGUGCUGGAAGUUCGCAAAUAAAUGAAAAUGCGUCCCUUCAAGCAGACAUGAAUCUAAAAAGCAUACUUCCUCGCAAGCAAAUGGAGUUCCAAGACUUGAGCGACAUAUCUUCAGAAGACGUUUACAGUGAAGAUCACGACGAUGGUGUGGCUCCAAUCAAAACCAUUGUUGACAAUGAUCUAUCAGAGAGAUCUGUAGUCGGUGGUGGCUCUAGGUUCUUAAAAAAGACUACGAACGCGGUAGCCGACAGACAAUCUUCAGCACCGAGUUCACAACGCCUGUCGACAGAGGAGCCUGCACGGGUACCCCAGCGACGGGCCCAAAGUGCAGCCUUGAACCGCCUUGCUCAACUUGAGCAGCGUUUCAAACACCGCAAAGAGGGUAGUUAUGCACAGGCUUCAAGUCCUCAGGUAGAUCCUGUCUCGGCCCAUUCCAGUAUUGACCUCACUAUGAAAGGAGAACGUUUUCUCAAGAAGAAAGUGACUUCUUCUGUCCCAGAACAAAGCAAGCAAAGCCAACAAAAUCAUGUGCCACAAUUUACUGCCAAAGUUCCUCUAUCAAAGGUUCCCAGUAAAGGUGUUAGUCUAGACAGUGAUGAAGAGGACAUGAAAAAACUUUUAGGUGGAUCACUCAGUUCCUCUGCUGAAAGUCCUGGACUCACAGGGAAGUCUUUCAAGAAAAACACCAAGAAGACCCCUACAACCUUACAGGUGUCUGACACUUUCAGACAAAGAACCCCACGACCACCUUCUAGUGAGCAAGCAAGCCCAGUACACUCACUAAGAAGUGUGUCAAUUGUGUAUUCUCUAUCUCCAUCGCCCCCGAACAUUCUGACGCCGAGUAGGAGGUCCCCAAAAGUCAGGUUCCUUCGGCCCUCUCGGCCACAGUCAUCUGCUUCAGUCAACAAUGACAUCAGGUCCCUGGAGGAGCUGUUCACAGACACUGAUGAAACCAUCAGUGAGAAAAGUGCAGCAUCUCAUGGUUUCAAGUUAAAUGUCCUGACCCUGGAUGAUUUGAUUCCUGCUGAACCCUUAGGAUUACCUGCAUCCUCAAAGAUACAGGUUGGUGUUGCCCAGGACAUAAGCAGAGAAGACGCAGCGGACGACGCAAGUGAGUGCACAUUGGAUGACAUCUUCCCAGAAGACAAAGACCCAGAAGAGGAGGCUGCAGUGGAAUAUGAGAGUGACUUUGAGAGUGACAUGAAGUCUGAGGCAACGUGCCAAAGCAUGAGCGACAUCCCAGAGCACCUGACUGAUGAUGACAAAUCAAAGGCUGCUGAUUAUCAGUCUGAGAAACACAGACCCUACAGUCGCUCUCGGAUUGAUACAGACGCACACUCAGAGCAAUCACUGUAUGAUAGAUCAGAAGUGGACAGUGGAAAGUCUUUUGAGUCAUAUGGCAGCCAGGGUAAAGAUUCUUCCUCCAGGUCAUAUUCCUCUCAUUCUCGGUCUGAAACGCUCACCCCAACCAGUGAGCCUCAUAGAAAUCAUGUGAAAGAGGCGGCAGUUCAGACUGAGAAGGGACUAUCCUUCACCCUGCCAUCACGUCUGGACGUUCUGGCAUCCACUUACAUGGAUCCUACACCUGUAUCUCGCUACACAGUCAGUGCAGAGGCACUUGAAGCACUGACCUCACAGAAACCUGUAGAGACUGCCCUCAACGACAUGUUGAAACAGCAACUGGCUCUGACCAGGCACUUUGUAGAGUCCAGCCGCCACCUCUACAGCUCCUUACUACAGUCCCUGGAGUCUCCAGACUACAAGUACACAACCUUAGAGGACACAAAAGAGUACAUACGCAAACACAGACCUCCCAAACUCACCAUGGAACAGGCAUUGGAGGAAGUGCAACGGGAGAUGAGAGAAUAUCACUACCUGUAGAAAUCAUGGGAUGCCAAAGAGAUUAAUACCAUUUGUGCCAUUAAAAGGUUUUAUUAUAAA